AUGAUAUUCGUGAACGCCAUCGUCGCCGCCGCUCUCGCAGCUUCUAUAGUAACAGCAGCACCUGCUAAAGUUGCUAUUAGAGAGGACAGGAAAAUCAAGCUUUGCAAGGAUAAGAAUUAUAACAAGUGCGUCGAACCUUCUGCUCCCUCUAAUACGUGCGUGAACACUGCAAGCUUGGAUACGGGUAAUUUGGACGACCAGAUCAGCUCUCUCGAUACUUAUGGUCUUACUUGCUUUAUAUAUGCGUAA